AUGAGACGUAGCAGUAGCCCUUGCAUUGCAGCCACCAAACCAGUCAAUACACGUAAAACGAACAUUCCCAGGAAUCCUCUAAUUAUUUCAAACUUUUCGAAACCUGGUUUAAAUAGCGACAGCAAAUUCCCUGAAAGAAGCAUGACACUUCCAAUACCUGUGAACACGAGUCAACCCAUGUCAGAAAUUAAACAGAAUAAAACAAAACGUCUUAGCUGGAAAGUUAGAUCCAAGAUUCCCAGAUUUAGCAGAACACCAUCAACACAGUCUCAAAAGUCUGAAUUAAUUGAAAGCGACGAUGGUUUUGUUAAUAAUCGUGGAAACUUAAAUAACACAUUGUCCUCAUCUCCUAGUAACUUGACAUCAAAUUCAAAGCGUAUCGCCAGUGAAAAUGAAGAAUCGAACGCGAAACUGAACUCUGACGAUAUGGAGCAUAUUACUUCGAAGACAAAUAGGAAUUUCGUAAAAGUUUAUGACAGCGAUCUAUCAGGAAAACCUGGAACAUCUAAAUCAACUGAUACCAGGAACAAUAAUUCUGCUCCUUCGCUAAUAUCUAAUCUUGAAAAAAUGUCAAAAUCUACCACUAAAACACAAAAAAAGAACGUCAAAGCUUCUUCAUCGAAAACUUUGCCAAGAAAUUUCUGGAAUUUUAUUAGCAAGAAAAAUAAACCACCCGAACUUGUGACCACACCUUCUCUAUCAAUUAAUCAAUUUUCAUACUCCUCACCACCACCUACCAUUCCGGAAAAGGCUCCAAGAAAGAAGAGAGGCAGUAGACCAAUAAGUGGCAAUUUCUCCCUUACAAAGCAAACAUUAAUCAAUGUGAUGUUGCGUAAAGGACGAAACCGAACGUCAUCUGAGGAUUCUUUGGCGAACAACGAGAAUGAGCAUCCAGUAUUGAUAUAUGAAAGUUUUCCUGAUCCUGAUCCGGAGGAUUUUGUCAAUGUGAAUUUUUGGGAUUUACCUGACUCCAUAUCGGCAACUGAGGAUGCUGGCGGUGUAUUACAAAUGAUUGAAUACGAUGGAAUAUAUAUAAAUGGUGUAAAAGUUAAUUAA